GAGCGGAAGUCGCGUCGCCGGGGGCGGAAGUGACGAGAGAGGGGAAGUGUCUCCGCGGAGAGGAGUGGCGGAGGCGGCGGCCUAAGGCGGGCGGGGGUCGCCUGAGCCAUGUCAGCGGGCGGCGCGGGGCCGCGAGAGCCCGGGGCCUCGGGAGGGCGUCGCAGCAAAUGGGACCAGCCCGGACCGUCUCCAGCUCUCUUCCUCCUUCCUGCUACAACUCCGGUGGCCGGCCGCCCCGUCCAGAGCAGCGGAGACGGUGUGUCUGGGAUGUCGGGGUCUGAGGGCUCUGCGGCUCCCCUGGGUGCUCUCGACGCAGCUGCCGCCGUGGCAGCCAAAAUCAAUGCCAUGUUAAUGGCCAAAGGGAAGCUGAAACCAACCACAAAUUCAACAGACAAGCUUCAGGCACCAGGAAAAGGCCCAGCUGCAGGCAAAAGCAAAGACGACCUUGUUGUGGCGGAAGUGGAAAUAAACGACGUGCCCCUUACGUGCAGAAACCUCUUGACGCGAGGACAAACUCAGGAUGAGAUCAGUAGGCUGAGUGGAGCUGCAGUCUCAACUCGGGGAAGGUACAUGACGGCAGAAGAGAAAGCAAAAGUCGGACCUGGCGACCGUGCGUUGUACUUGCACGUCCAGGGCCAGACGCGAGAGCUGGUGGACAGAGCUGUCAACCGAAUCAAAGAAAUCAUCACGAACGGCGUGGUAAAAGCUGCUACAGGCUCCAGCCCAACAUUUAAUGGCGCGACGGUGACGGUCUACCACCAACCGGCCCCCAUCACACAGCUGCCUCCAGCGGUCGGACAGAAGCCUCCGUUCCAGUCAGGAGGAAUGCACUACGUCCAGGACAAGCUGUUUGUGGGCCUGGAACACGCCGUACCGACGUUCAACGUGAAAGAGAAGGUGGAAGGCCCCGGCUGUUCGUACUUGCAACACAUCCAGAUUGAGACGGGCGCCAAGGUCUUCUUGCGAGGGAAAGGAUCUGGCUGCAUCGAGCCCGCCUCUGGCCGCGAAGCCUUUGAGCCAAUGUACAUCUACAUCAGCCAUCCGAAGCCAGAAGGUCUAGCAGCUGCCAAAAAACUUUGUGAGAAUUUAUUGCAAACCGUUCACGCUGAAUACUCCCGGUUUGUGACCCAGAUAACUACGGCAGUGCCCUUAACAGGGUUCGCGCAGCCAGCGACGAUAGCGACGGUCCCCCCCCAGCCACCCUAUUACCCCCCCAACGGCUUCCAAGCGGGCUAUCCGGUGGUCCCUCCGCCCCAGCAGCCAGUGCAGCCGCCCUACGGGGUGCCGGGGAUUGUGCCUCCCGCGGUCCCCUUGGCGCCGGGCGUAUUGGCGCUGCCCACCGGAGUCCCGCCUGUGCCCACCCAGUACCCAAUCACCCAAGUGCAGCCUCCGGUCAGCACCGGCCAGACGCCGCUGAGCGCCCCUUUCCUUCCUGCCGCCCCCAUCAAGACCACCUUGCCCGCUGGCGCCCAGCCACAGCUUCAGCCGCAGCAGGGCCAGAAGAGACGCUUCACCGAAGAGCUGCCGGACGAGCGCGAAUCUGGGCUGCUGGGAUACCAGCAUGGACCCAUUCAUAUGACUAAUUUAGGUGCAGGCUUCUCCAGUCAGGCCGAGAUGGAUGGAGCGGGUUCGAAGCCAGCAAGUUCCUCAGGAAAGGAGAGAGAGAGGGACAGGCAGCUGAUGCCUCCGCCGGCGUUACCGGUGACCGGGAUGAAGGCAGACACCGAAGACAGAAACGGGUCCUUGGGCAAUGAUCAUCCAGCGAAGAAAAUGAAAACCAGCGAAAAGGUGUUUGGGCUGGUGGCUUACGCCGGGGAUUCCUCGGACGAAGAGGAGGACCACGGGGGUCACAAACCUACAGGUAGCUUUUCACAGGGAUGGAAUUUAGGAUACCAAUACCCAGCAUCACAACAACGGGCAAAGCAACAGAUGCCCUUUUGGAUGGCGCCUUAGCUGCCUGCAACCAGCACCAACGCCCAUUGUCUCUCUCAAGCAAUAACGCAUGUAUAUGAUCAAACAGUCUCUGCAAAAAUGUCCAUCGCCCCUGGCCUCUUGCACAAGCUUCCGAGAUGCAGUUCGCCUCUUCCGUGGCGGAGGCUCCUUGUGUUGUUUUAAAACAAACCUGCUCUUUCAGCAGUGGACUCGUCCGUCGAAAGCAACUGCUUAAAAUCACAGGCUUGCCGGGACCCAGUUGGCGGAUAACAGUGUUGGUGUGACGCUUGCAGGGGAUGCCUUCCCCGUUUCCUGCCCGCUUAUCUCAUCCUCCCGUUCUGGACUUUAGAAGAGGCGGCUGUCAGCCGAGCUCACUGUAACAUGCAAGCUUGUCUUUUGUCCCUAAUUUAGCCUGCUGCCGUUCUGCUUUGUGUUUGCGUUGAUAACUGGAUUUUACUUUGUGUGUGUGACACUGGGCCCUUUUUGACUUGCGAUGGAGGGGUGAGAGCCUGUGGCAGGAAGCGUGCCCUGAAGAUCACCUUGCUUAAGAUCGAUUUCCCUCACUCUUAGAAAUUUGAAUUUUUUAAAAUUUUCUUUUUGCUAGUUCUAAGCCUAAUUGGCUGCACACGGGGUGUUUUGUUUUGUUUUUUGCAGGCAGGGGGGAACAGGCAAAUUUAGUUCACCUCCCUCCUGCCCCCAAUUUCCCAAAGUCACAUUAGUGUGUGGAACAAUACGUGGCUUUCUUGAAGGGAUAUGUAGGAAGAGGCGUUGAGAAUCGUCCAUUCUCAUACUCUACUCUGGCCGCUCGGUGUGGACUUUUUUCUCCGGCAGCGGCAUCAAUACAAUCUUGCUCUGUUCCAAAACCCACUUCCAACCCAACUCUACUUGGUGGCUGGUUUUGAUGAAGGAGAUUUGUUGAGUGUGUAUCUUUUUGGAAACUGGCAAGAUCCUGAAGUGGCUGAAGAAACAGAAGACGCUUGGGAUGGUUUUAUAGUGACUCAUCCCUCUGCUGAGCGCAGAACCCAGGGAUGGGACGGGCGUCGGCAGAGGGUACACUGUUGGGAUCUGGAUUUCUGCAAUCUGUGUUUUGAAAGACAAGUAAAAGUUCAAAGUAUUGGAAUAAGUGUUGAUUUCUUUCCUCCACAAGAACUAUCUGGCAGGCUAGCUUUCUAUGAAAAACAAAAAGCAAGGCACUCUUCUCUGAUUUGUUACGUGUUGUAAAUAAAUUGAAGCAUAAUUUCAUGAUAAAUGGAUGAAUAUUC